UACCUACAAAUGCGGCUAUCGAGAGAAGUAGGACGAGAUUGCGCAACGGACCGGGGGAAGCACUGAACUGGGACAUUGCGUGGUGGCGGUGUGGAGCCUGUUGCAGUUGGUUCAAUUAGUGUCACAGAAUUCGCUGCUGUUUCUAUAUUUUCUCACGCCAGCUACUAACGAUGAACUCAGAGGCGAGGCAGCGGCAGGAGAACUCAUCCAUUGAUGUAACCCAGAGUGUGGAAGAGGAUCCUCUAAUAGACUAUCCCCUUCUUUAUGCUGAUGCUCUCGUUGGUGAUGUGAGAGCUCCUUUCAAAGGUGUGCCAACAGUAUGUUGGGCAAUUCUGUUAACAUUUCUGCAUGUUGCUUUUGUAGUUCUGGCAUUUCUUUCGGUCUUUUUCUGUGCUCCACCAGCUGACCUUUGUAGAGAUAUCCUUGGGUCCUUCAGCCUUUUGACUAUUAUAACAAUUACAAAAGUUGUCCUUUGGGCUCUACAUGCUGUCUUUGAAUAUUACUUGCAAGCUCAGCAUUCCAAAGCCAGGCAUAGAGGCUAUCUCACACUGUACCGCUCCACAAGGCAUCUGAAGCGGCUACCACUACUUAUUCAUUCUGCAGGAAAUGCAAUUCUCCUGCUACUCCUUUCUAUAUGGAUGCUGCUUGAGCAGAAAACUCUAGUGAUGUAUCUCAUUCUUGGAGCCCUGACAGUGGAGCUUUUCUUUUCAUCGACAUGCCUCAUCAUUUACACAGCAAAGAUUAUAAAGUUCAAUCAAAUGGAACCAUGUCCUGAUAUCCAAGAGGAAGAACGAAGGCAAAGAUGUCCUAAUCUCAUUAAUGUUCUGUCUGAGACUGGAUUCAGAGAUGGAUCAAACUUGGAAAACCUUGUAGAAAAGCAAGCAGACCUCAUUGAUUACUUGAAAAUGCACAAUGUGAAUUUAAGUAAAAGACUACUUGCUUUAAUCUCUCAGCAAGUCCGAGACUGAGAUUCUGAAAGAAGAGCUGCUAAAGAUCGUGAUAAACCAAAGAAUAAAGAAAGGCACAAUUUGUGCUGUGGAUGAGUAAUGUCCGAACUGGUAAAACCAUUUGAAAGAAACAUUAAUGUGGUAUGUAACUUGGUUAAAAUAAUAGAUGGUUGAAGAUUAUCUUAAUUUAAUUUUUGUAUUACUUAUGAAAAUACAUAAGGAGAGAACAUUUGCUACAAACACUAACUUGUUUUACCACUUUAUCAAACUGUUGUUCAAAUCAAUCAUGUAGCAAAAUUACCUUGGAUACCUGUGCCAAAAGACUUUCAAUUGUGAAUUGUAAUCUAGGACAAUUGUACCUACUGUGUAAGUGAAGAGAAUUUCUUGCUUUUGUAAUCUUGACAUUCACUUCUUUGACAUUAAUGAUGUAAGUAUUCAGAAUGACUUUUUUUAAAAGGAAAUCUUGUUUAAGCUAUGAAGAUGUAUAGAAUGUCCCUUUUUUAUUUUGCUUUUCAGUGCUAUGCUAAAUAUUCCAGGUUUAAUAUGCUAGUCACUUCAAUGCAGAAAUGUGUAGGUCAGCUUUUCUGGAUAGCCAGGAGUGCACGAGAAGUGGCUAUCCUACAAUAUUUGAAUUCUAACUUGUAUAAGCUGCAUUGGAAAUGCAAGUUGCUGGUAAUUAUACAAUAAAUUUUUCAUAACGCA